GACUGAGACAGUGUUAUGCAACCAGAAUAGAGAGAUAAGUAUAUACUUUGUCCUGGAAAAAUUACAAUACGAGAAGAGAAACCAGCAGCAAUCAGAAUGUCACUUAAUCUGGACAAGAAGAUGGAUUUCCCUCCUCGUGGAGAACUUCUGGAUUUUCAUGGAGUGGGGAUGACUCACUAUUUCACAGACAACUGGGAGAACAUUCAAAACUUUCAGGCCAGGCCGGAUGAUAUACUUAUAGCAACAUACCCCAAAGCAGGAACCACCUGGGUCUCCUACAUCCUCGACCUGCUGUACUUUGGUCAGACAUCUCCAGAGCGUCAGACGUCCAUCCCUAUUUAUUCAAGAGUGCCUUUCUUGGAGAUCAGCAUCCCGUCUUUGGUUCCAGGAACAGACCUGGCGGACAAGCUCCCCACCUCCCCUCGACUCAUUAAAACCCAUUUUCCAGUCCAGUUCGUGCCAAAGUCCUUUUGGGAGCAAAACUGCAGGAUCAUUUAUGUGGCCCGCAAUGCCAAAGACAAUGUAGUGUCUUAUUUCCACUUUGAUCACAUGGCAAUGAUCCAGCCAGAGCCUGGAGACUGGAGCAGCUACCUCCAGAGAUUCAUGGAGGGAAAGAUGGUGUGGGGAUCCUGGUAUGACCAUGUGAAUGGCUGGUGGAAGAAGAAACAGACUUAUUCAAAACUCCAUUACAUGUUCUAUGAAGAUAUGAUUGAGGAUACUGGACGGGAAAUAGACAAACUCUGCUGCUUUCUUGGUUUGUCUCCAUCAGCUGAGGAGAAGAAACAAAUUACAGUUGGGGUGCAGUUUGAUAAUAUGAAAAAGAAUGACAUGGCCAACUAUUCUACAUUCCCAGUUAUGGAGUUCAAAAUGCAUUCUUUUAUGAGAAAAGGGAAGGUUGGUGACUGGAAAAACCAUUUCACUGUGGCCCAGAGUGAAGAGUUUGAUGAAGACUACAAGAAGAAGAUGAGGGACCCCACGCUUCAGUUCCGCACUGAAGUCUGAACAGUGUGGACUGGACAGGCUGUGUGUAUAUGUGAAGAUGAGCCCAUGACUGGAUGGACAUGUGGCAUUUCUGUGAAAAAAAUCAAGUGUAGUAUAGCCUCAAAUGUGAUGGCGACGGCGCACAGUGUGUCUUCUUGCUAACUGUGCCUGAAUUAAGGCUGUCAAUUACAUACUGUGAAGCUCAAAGGAAAUCAAAUGACUAACAUUGUCUGAAGGUAAAUAUUUCUGUCAGGAGUAUGUGUACGUAGAAAAGACAAAAAUUAACCAACGAUGGCAUAAACCAAAUAAUUCCUAAUUAAAGGAAGCAUGUGGGCUUUGAGUCAGUACAUCCACCAUAUUAACCCAACAUUUAUAAAAGCAUGUUGAUGCUGUAUGACUACAAAUGUAACCUGAUGAUCUCAAAUAAAACUAUGAGAUUAGCGUGAUCAGUAAAAUUAAUCCAAAGGUAUUCAUUCAUAUCCAUUUUUUUGUUCAUAUUUUAACAUUAAUCGGUGGUGGGGGAAGUAUUCAGAUACUUUACGUGAGUAAAAGUACCAAAAAAAGUACCAACAAUGUAAAAAUACUCCAUGACAAGUAAAAGUCUUGCAUGGAAAAUCAUACU